AUGGAGACGCUGAACGGCCUCGCGGGCGGUGGCGCUCCGGACGCGAAGCCGCUCCCGCCCGGCCAGCACCAUCGCCACCACCACCUCCACCCGCUGGCCGAAGGUAGGCGGCUGCACCGCGCGCCCUCGCCCGCCAGACCCUUCCUCAAAGACCUGCACGGUCGACCCCCGGCGUCCGGCCCGGCUCCGGCCGCCCCCUCCUCGGGCCGAGCCCCGGCGCCCGGCACCCCGCGCUCGCCCAACCUCGCGGGCAAAGCACAGCCCUCGCCGGGAACCCUGGCCGCGCCCGGCCGCCUCUCUCGGCGCAGCGGCGGCGCCCCUGGCGCGAAGGACAAGCCGCCGCCGGGCGCCGGAGCCAGGGCAGCGGGCGGCGUCAAGGCCGCUCCGGGCCUCAGGAGGGCGGCGCGCACGGCGCCUGUGGAGCUGCUGCCUCGGGCGGGGAGGCCGCCGCCAACGCCCGGGACCGAGUCGCUGUCCGCCGCUGCCAAGGGCCGCAAAUCCAAACGCGGCUCCGGGGCGCCCCCCGCCCAUGCCACCGGGCUCCCGGUCCCCGCCGCCCCGAUCCCCGCCGUGAUCCUCGCCGUGACCUCCUCGGCCGGCUCCCCUGCUCCCGGGUCGCGCAUCAGCCACACGGACAGCAGCUCGGACCUCUCCGACUGCCCCUCCGAACCCCUGUCCGACGAGCAACGCCUGCUACCCGCCGCCAGCAGCGACGCCGAGUCUGGCACGGGCUCCAGCGACCGGGAACCGCUGCGAGGAGCCCCCACGACGAGCCCCGCAGCUCGCGGGGCGCCGCCCAGCAGCCCCGAGCCCCCGGCGCUCCUCGCCGCGCCUCCCGCCGCCGGCUCCUGCCUCGGGGGUCGGAGCAGCCCAGGCGGGGUCCCCGCGGGGUCCCCGGGAACGGGUGUGGCAGAGGAUGCCGGGGGGCGCGCGCCGCUCGAGCGAACGGUCCCCGGGAUCCCCAAGGAGCCCGGUCCGGGCGAGCAGACCCGACUGGUACCGGCGGAGGAGGAGGAGCUGCUGCGGGAGAUCGAGGAGCUGCGCUCGGAGAACGACUAUCUCAAGGAUGAACUGGAUGAACUCCGUGCUGAAAUGGAGGAGAUGAGAGACAGUUACUUAGAGGAAGACGUUUACCAGCUGCAGGAGCUUCGGCGAGAGCUGGACCGCGCUCAUAAAAACUGCCGAAUCCUGCAGUACCGCCUCAGGAAAGCCGAGCAGAAGAGCCUGAAAGUGGCUGAGACUGGUCAGGUAGAUGGCGAGCUCAUCCGGAGUCUGGAGCAGGACUUAAAGGUAGCCAAAGAUGUAUCUGUCAGAUUGCAUCAUGAACUUGAAACCGUGGAGGAAAAGCGUGCUAAAGCUGAGGAUGAAAACGAAAGUCUCCGACAGCAGAUGAUUGAAGUGGAAAUAUCCAAACAAGCCCUCCAGAAUGAGCUGGAGAGACUGAGAGAGAGUUCCCUGAAAAGAAGAGGCAGCCGGGAAACAUACAAAGAAAAGAAAACCCUUAACCAGGAUGACAGUGCUGAUUUGAAGUGCCAGCUUCAGUUUGCCAAAGAGGAAGGCUCCCUGAUGCGUAAGAAGAUGGCCAAGCUGGGGAGGGAGAAGGACGAGCUGGAACAGGAGCUCCAGAAGUACAAGGCCCUGUAUGGAGACGUGGACAGCCCUCUCCCCACGGGGGAAGCGGGUGGGCCGCCCAGCACCAGGGAGGCCGAGCUGAAGCUGCGGCUGAAGUUGGUGGAGGAAGAGGCCAACAUCUUGGGCCGGAAGAUCGUAGAGCUGGAGGUGGAGAACCGAGGCCUCAAAGCGGAGAUGGAGGACCUGCGGGUCCAGUAUGAGCGAGAGGGUACAGGCCGGGACCACAUGGCAAGCAUUCCUACCUCACCCUUCGGCGACUCCCUGGAGUCCUCGACGGAGCUCCGCCGGCACCUGCAGUUCGUGGAGGAGGAAGCGGAGCUGCUCCGGAGGUCCAUAUCCGAGAUCGAAGACCACAACCGGCAGCUGACACAUGAGCUGAGCAAGUUCAAGUUUGAGCCCCGGCCGGAGCCAGGGUGGCUGGCGGAGGGCAUGGGCAAGGGCGCAGCGAGUGGGGCCCCUCUGCAGGAGGAGCUCAAGUCGGCGCGGCUGCAGAUCAACGAGCUGAGUGGGAAGGUGCUGAAGCUGCAGUAUGAGAACCGGGUGCUGCUGUCCAACGUGCAGCGCUAUGACCUGGCUGCCCACCUGGGCCUGCGCGCCCCGAGCCCCCGGGACAGCGACGCGGACAGCGACCAGGGCAAGAAGGAGAGCGACGGGGAGGAAGGCCGCCAGCCCCAGCCCAAGCGGGAGGGCCCUAUUGGCGGCGAGAGCGACUCAGAGGAGAUGUUCGAGAAGACGUCGGGCUUUGACAGUGGAAAGCCGUCAGAGGCAAGUGAGCCAUGUCCGGCCGAGCUCCUGCGGGUCAGGGAGGACACUGAGUGCUUGGCAAGCAUAAAGCACGAGGCCGAGCGGCUUGACCGGACCAUGGAGCGCCUCAUCACGGACACCGCCGGCUUCGGCGACAACGUGGGGCUACGAGGCAGUGGUGAGGCCUCACUGGGGCCUGACGUCCAGGGGGCAGGGGAGACGGGGGAGACGGGCGAGACAGGCAAGAAGGAGCCCCCGCUGCUGGGGACCAUCAACUCGAGGAUGAAGGUUUUUAGGAAGGAGCUGCAGGCCUUCCUGGAGCAGGUGAACAGGCUCGGGGACGGCCUGAGGGAGCGCCUGGAAGACCUCUCCCCCUUGCCCCACCUCACAGAGUCUUCCAGCUUUCUCUCCACUGUGACCUCCGUGUCCCGGGACUCCCCCGUCGGGACCCUGGGGAAGGAGCUGGUCCCGGACCUGCAGUCCAAACUGAGAGGUCAGCCGGAGUGGCAGCCGGGGCAGGAGCGCGGGGAUGAGCCGGAGCCGCUGCACCGCCGAGCCGACGGGGACGCUGGGAGCUGCCGGCUGGGAGGCCAGAGCUGCUUCAGUCUAGAGCUCUCAGGGCCCCCUGUUUUACCUGAACAGAGUGUACCGCUAGAGGAGCUGCAGGGUCAGCUUGCGCAGGCGACCAGACUGCAUCAAGAGGAGACAGAGAAAUUUACAAACACGAUUCGGAAGAUGGAGGAGGAGCACCUCUAUGCCUUGAGAUGGAAAGAACUAGAAAUGCACAGCCUGGCUUUGCAGAACACCCUCCAUGAGCGAACCUGGAGCGACGAGAGGAAUCUGAUGCAGCAGGAGCUCCGGUCCUUGAAGCAGAACAUUUUCCUUUUCUACGUCAAACUCAGGUGGCUGCUAAAGCACUGGCGGCAGGGGAAGCAGAUGGAGGAGGAAGGCGAGGAUUUCACUGAGAGGGAGCAUCCAGAGACCCUCCCCAGGCUGGGUGAGCUUGGAGUUCAGGGGGACCCGAAGGAGGAUGGCCCAGACCGAGAUGACAAUGGUCCAGGUUGUGGCUUUUCAAUGGGAGAGCAUUCUCCACACUCCCCUGUGCAGAUUGGUGACCACGGAUCAAGGCUGCAGCCUGCGCACGGGGGACAGCUCCACAAGCAGGUGGUGGAAAACCAGCAGCUGUUCGGGGCGCUCAAAAGCCUGCUGGAGGACCUGCGCGCCGAGCUGCGGGAGGACGAGCAUGCGCGGCGGCGGCUGCAGCAGCAGUAUGCCAGCGACAAGGCCGCCUGGGACGUGGAGUGGGCCGCGCUCAAGUGCCGCCUGGAACAGCUGGAAGAGAAGACUGAGAAGAACUUGGGAGAAGCAGGCGCUUCCACUGACAGCAAAGGAGCAUUCAAGAAGGAGAGGGAGACGCACCAGAAGCUCCUCGCCGACAGUCACAGCCUGGUCAUGGACCUGCGCUGGCAGAUCCAUCACAGUGAGAAGAACUGGAACCGGGAGAAGGUGGAAAUUCUCGACCGGCUGGACAGAGACCGGCAGGAGUGGGAACAGCAGAAGAAGGAGCUGUUGUGCAGAAUAGAGCAGUUGCAGAAAGAGAACAGUCCCCGGAGAAGUGGAAGUUUCCUCUGUGAUCAAAAGGAAGGCAACAUCCGCCCCUUUGCCCACCCAGGAAGUCCCCGAAUGCCCCGUCCCUUGGAGAUGUGGCCCUGCGCAGACACCGACUCCACCCCGUUUGAUGACCGGCCACUGUCCAAGCUGAAGGAAUCGGACAGAUGUUCAGCACGGGAAAACCUCUACUUGGACGCCUUGUCUCUAGAUGAUGAGCCAGAGGAGCCUCCGGCCCGAGGUCCCCAGCGGGAGUUCAGGAACUGCCUCCCCCAGGAAGAAGAAAAUCACAAGGGAAACCUUCAAAGGGCUGUGUCUGUGUCCUCCAUGUCUGAGUUCCAGCGUCUGAUGGACGUCUCUCCCUUCCUGCCGGAGAAGGGCCGGCCGGCUGCCAGCAACAAGGAGGACGUCACCCCGCCCCUGUCUCCAGACGACCUGAAGUACAUCGAGGAGUUCAACAGCAAGAGCUGGGACGAGAGGGCCCCAGAGCCCUGGGCAGACAGGACCGAGGGAGGGCGGGCAGGGAAUGAGGACAGUGCCGAGCCUUUCCCCAGCUCUUCCUGGUACCUCACCACGAGUGUCACCAUGACCACGGACACCGUGACCAGCCCAGAGCACUGCCAGAAGCAGCCCCUACGGAGCCACGUGUGCACCGAGCAGGCUGGGCUGCGGGUGCUGCACAGCCCGCCCGCCGUCCGCAGGCUAGACAGCAUCAUGGCGGCAGGGGGUGAGGGCAAGGGCCGGUCAGAGCCCGAGUGCCAGUUUCCCACAAGCAGAGCCAGGGUGGGCGCUGAAGACACAAAGGGGGGUCCCUCAGAACAUGUGCUUAGCAGGUGGCCUUGUGCCCCCUCCAGAUACCCCCGAGACUAUGUGGAGGGAGGGCUGCGCCCCCUCGAAAGUGCCCUCUGCACUCCCCUGGGGUUCGUCUCCCCACUACACAGCCUGCAGAUGGCCAAGAACAUGAGUGAUGACAUGAAGGAGGCGGCCUUCUCCGUCAGGAACACCAUAUGCUCUGGUCCCCCCAAGCCUCCACUCAAGGACAUGGCCUGCCAGACCAAUGGGUCCCGGACAACGGGGACACAGACCAUUCAGACCAUCAACAUUGGCCUGCAGACCGAAGCCCUGCGUGGCAGCGCCAUCACCAGCAGCCCCCACAAGUGUCUCACGCCAAAGGCAGGGGGUGGUGCCACGCCCGCGUCAUCUCCUUCCCGCGGCCUUAGGAGCAGGCAGGUGGCCCCCGCCAUUGAGAAGGUGCAGGCCAAGUUUGAACGCACAUGUUGCUCCCCCAAGUACGGGUCUCCCAAGCUGCAGAGGAAGCCCCUCCCCAAAGCCGAGCAGCCAAAUAGCAGGACCUCCCUGGGGCUGGCUCCAAAGGGGUGCAGCGAGUCGGCCUGGGCCCGCUCCACCACCACACGAGAGAGCCCUGUGCACACCGCCAUCAACGAUGGCCUCUCCAGCCUCUUCAACAUCAUCGACCACAGCCCCGUGGUACAGGACCCCUUCCAGAAGGGAACGUGGGCGGGGAGUCGGUCUCGCUCAGCAGAACCUCGGCCGGAUCUGGGCCCAGGCCAGGAAACCAGCCCCAGUUCCCGGGGACGGUCCCCCAGCCCCAUCGGGGCUGGCUCAGAGACGUGGAGGGAGGAAGGGGGAGAGGGCACGCCCUUGAGGCAGGACUUAUCUGCUCCCCCUGGUUACACGCUCACUGAUAAUGUAGCCCGGAUCCUCAACAAGAAGCUGUUGGAGCAUGCCUUAAAGGAGGAGAGGAGGCAGGCCCCCCACGGGCCCCCAAGUCUUAACAGUGACAGCCACAUGGGAGAAACAGUCAAAGCUGAACCAGGGUCCAUUGAGGAACUACCUUGUUCUGCACUAGCUCCAUCCCUAGAACCCUGCUUCUCCAGGCCCGAGAGACCAGCAAACCGUCGCCCUCCGUCCCGUUGGGCCUCCCAUGCCCCUACUGCCUCACCGGCUCAGUCACCCGGAGACCCAGCCUUGUUGGAGGAGCUCGGCGACGAGGAGCCACCCGGGGAGAAGACACACCUGUGACGAGUGCAAGUUUGCAUGGAUUAUCGGGGAAUAAUUCCCUGUAAUUUGCAUAACCACACCGUACUCAUCAACCAAGCUCCGCCCACAAGAGGAGAUCUAGCUUUCCCAAGGUCAAAGAAUGUUUUUUUAAAAACACACAGCUGCUGAAUGUCCAACCUGUGAACCUGAGAUGUUUCUAGAACGAAACCGUAAACGUGCCUGUAAUAACUUAAUUUUUUUCAUAGCUCAGAAAACUAUUUUUGUCUCCAUCUUUUUUACACAGUAUAUUAAACAAAAAAAGCUAGAUAAGAUAUAAAUUUAAAAAAUAAAAGUUUUAAAGAUGUACCUUUUAAGAGAUUCUGAACACCCUUGCUCUCAAUACUGACUGCCUCUCUGUUAAAUUUGCACUGUUACUCUUUGGUUUGGUUUAUUUCCACGUUGAAUUAGACUGUUUUAAGUUAAUUUUAUU